UUUAUCGAGCCUAUAAUCGCUGUAGCAAAUUCAGGAAUUGUGGUUCACUGCAGUCAGUCAGAAAACCAAUUGCUCUAAUCUGUUUCACUGUGUAAUUUUUUUGACAGCAGCGAAUCACAGUCCCUGUCCGCGACGGUUCCAUCACCAUUUGAUUAUGGCGGCGGCGGAGGAAGGGUGGUGUGUGGUCACCGGAGGACGAGGCUUUGCUGCUCGUCAUUUAGUCGAAAUGCUAAUCCAAUUGAACACCUACUGUGUCCGCAUCGCCGAUUUGGGAUCCACCAUUGAACUUGAACCCUCUGAGCAAUUAGGUCUUCUCGGUCAAGCUUUACACUCCGGUCGUGCUCAAUAUGUCUCCGUCGAUCUUCGCAACAAACCUCAACUCUUAAAAGCAUUUGAUGGAGUUGAGGUUGUUUUCCACAUGGCUGCUCCAAAUUCUUCUAUAAACAACUACCAGCUUCAUCAUUCCGUCAAUGUUGAAGGAACAAAGAAUGUUAUUGAUGCUUGUGUUGAGUUAAAAGUGAAGAGACUCAUUUACACUAGCUCUCCCAGUGUUGUUUUUGAUGGAAUUCAUGGAAUUCAUAACGGAAGUGAAUCGUUGCCUUAUCCACCUUCGCAUAAUGAUCAUUACUCAGCAACUAAAGCUGAGGGUGAGGGAUUGGUUAUUAAGGCUAACGGGACUAGUGGACUCCUGACAUGUUGCAUACGCCCUAGCAGCAUUUUUGGACCUGGUGAUAAACUGUUGGUGCCUUCAUUGGUUGAUGCUGCAAAGGCAGGGAAAUCCAAGUUCAUUGUUGGUGAUGGCAAUAACGUAUACGAUUUCACAUAUGUUGAAAAUGUGGCUCAUGCCCACAUAUGUGCUGAUCGAGCUCUAGCUUCAGAGGGAACCGUUUCAGAAAAAGCUGCAGGAGAGGCAUAUUUCAUCACGAAUAUGGAACCUAUAAAGUUUUGGGAGUUCAUGUCUCUAAUUUUGGAAGGUCUUGGAUAUCAAAGGCCAAGCAUAAAGAUCCCUGUCUUUGUUAUCAUGCCAAUUGCACAUUUGGUGGAGUGGAUAUAUAGGCUGCUUGGCCCAUAUGGAAUGAAGGUGCCUCAGCUGACCCCUUCAAGAAUAAGACUCACAUCUUGCACCAGAUCUUUUGAUUGCUCAAAAGCAAAGGACCGCCUUGACUAUGCACCCAUCAUACCUCUACAGGAGGGCAUACGGAGGACAAUCGAAUCAUAUCCACAUUUGAGGGCUGAAAAUCAACUUAAGUCUAAAAGAGAAGGUCCCUCCAAAGCUUCUGUAUAUCUUGGAAGUGGAAGAGUUGCUGACACGUUGCUUUGGAAGGAUAAAAAGCAAACUUUCACUACAUUGUUAGUCUUCAUAGCAAUAUAUGUCAACUUCAUUGCAUCUGAGAAUACCUUCAUUACUGCUCUUACAAAGCUUCUAUUAUACUCAUCGAUCGGUUUAUUCAUUCAUGGCAUUCUUCCUGCAAAAAUAUUGGGGUACACUGUUGAGAAAAUGCCCACAUCAUGGUUUCACUUAUCAGAAGAUAUUUCGAAUCAAAUUGCUUUCUCAGUUGCCUCAUCUUGGAAUUUUGCUGUGAAUGCAUUAAAAUCCCUUGCAGAAGGGAAUAGUUGGGUGAUGUUUUUCAAGGUUGUUUUCACUCUGCUCGUUCUUAGCUUCCUGGGAGCCUUUUCACUUAAGAACUUGUAUACUAUAGGACUCACCUUAGGAUUUACAGCUUUCUACGUUUAUGAAAAAAAGGAGGAAGACAUUGACGGCAUAUUUUUAAAAUCACAUACUUUUGGAUGCAAAUUGAUAUCUGAUCUUACCAAGAAGUUUGUUACUUCAAAGAUUGAUUGAUGGUUUUUUCUUCUUCUUCUUCUGGUUGGCACUAGAUUUUUCUUAGAUGAGCGGGCUGAUGCAUCUUCAUUUAAUCCACGUUAGAGUUCCCUGUAUCAUUGUACAAUUAUUGUAAUGUAAUUUGAUAUCCAGUAGAUGUUUUUUUGAGUUUUUGUAAUGUAAACUUGCUCGGAGUAGAGGUAUUUUUUUGCAGUGGAGCUUUUUGUUGACUAUGAAGCAGUGGUAAAGAGAGCCUAAAAUGUUGUGGGUUGGAGGUUAAUUGAUAAACACGGGAAGCUAUUUAGAUUGGGAGAUCAAAAUUUGUCACUCCUAUCGCGAAUUUAAUCGGUUUGCCGAUGCCCUUGCUUAUAUGGGACGUGAUUGGUGAUAAUCUUUGGCGGCCCUUUGAGUCAUGUUUGCUCAAAUCAGUCCUUUUUUUUUUUUUUAUGAUGUAUCUGAAGUUUCUACCAAAAAAAAUUGAUAUGGCAAACAUGUUUGCUCAAAUCAGUCCAUUGUUUUUUGCUGAUGUAUCUGAAGUUUCUACCAAAAAAAUUGAGUCGCAUGCAUCAAAACCUGUAACAUGACAUGGGUCAUAAUUCGUAACUUACUUUCAUAUUUCUUUA